UCAUAAAAAGGGCUCACACCCGGCCACAGUGUUUAUCUCAUCAAAUUGCUUGGAAUAUCUCUCUCUCUCUCUCUCUCAUCCAUUAUCUGCGGCAUCCAUGGAAACCACCAUUAGCGCUCUUGGUCCGGGUGCACUACUCUACAUGUUAGUCGUAUUGGUUCUGUCUUUACAAGGAUCUCAUGCAGAAGCUACUGAUGUGAUUACAGCAACGCAGCCGCUCUCCGGGCAACAGAAGCUGGUCUCCCAGGGCGGCAAGUUCGCUCUGGGAUUUUACCAACCAAGUGGUGGACCCCAAGACAAAUGGUACAUUGCAAUAUGGUAUAACAAGGUGCAAAAAGUGACUCCGGUGUGGAUAGCCAACAGGGAGACAGCGGUCUCCAACCCAGAUUCGUCAGUGUUAACUAUCUGGACAGAUGGUAACCUAGUUCUUCUCAACAAGUCCAGAUCCAUAGUCUGGUCCAGCAACACCUCAACCACUGCUGGAGCCUCCAAUGCCACCAUUGUUGCAGUGCUUCUAAAUACCGGCAACCUAGUUCUAGCAUAUGCAUCCAAUACCUCAAAUAUGAUAUGGCAAAGCUUUGAUCACCCCACCGACACCGGGCUUCCCGGCAUGAAGUUUAGACGGAACAAGUUAACAGGUGUGAGCGACCGCAAAGUCUCAUGGAGAGACCAUACAGACCCAUCUCCAGGAAUCUUCUCAAUCGUGAUGGACCCAAACAUAGAGGCACAAUACUUGUUGAUAUGGAACAACUCUCAGCCGUAUUUCACCCCUGGGAAGUUCAACCCCCAGACAGGCGCAUUUGCUGGCACUCCGUCGAUGAUGGUGAUGUCGCGGCCAAACUCGGUAUACUCAUUCGAAUAUGAGGACAACGACAAGGAGGAGUACUUCGUGCUCAUGGUCAAGGAUGACAACAUCUUACUCCGUACCGUGAUUGACCCAUCCGGUCAACAAAAGGGGAUGGUAUGGCUGGAGGAGAAGCAAGAUUGGAUGUUAUACUUUGUGGAGCCUAGUGAUCUGUGCUCUGUCUACUCCGCUUGCGGGGCUUUCAGCUGGUGCGCCGUGGACAAUGUCCCUAUGUGCAGCUGCCUUAGGGGCUUCAGCCCGCAUAGUCCAACCGAGUGGAGCUCAGGAAACUACACUGGAGGCUGCACCAGGAAUGUUCCGUUGCCAUGCCGCUUGAGUGGUGGAGGCUCACCAUUGAUGAGUAGUAGAGAUGAGAAGGAUAGAUUCUACAUUACCAACAAUGUAAGGUUGCCUGAUGGGUCACAUGCCGUGCAAGCUACAAGAAUAAGUGACUGUGAGGCAGCCUGCCUUCACAGCUGUUCUUGCUUGGCCUACUCUUACAAUGGCACCUGCUCUCUUUGGUACAAUGAUUUGAUGAACCUGCAACAAGAUUCUGACAACAAAGGAGAAAAUAUCUUUAUCCGGCUUCCUGCUUCUGAGAUCCGGCACACCAAAUCUGUUAGAGGGCGAAAAAUUGGUUUAGCCAUAGGAGUCUCUGCACUCGCAUUGGGUGUAUGCCUUAUUGGUGUUUUGUGUCUUCUUAGAAGGAGAAGGAUCAAGGCUUCACAUAACCUCGACAUGAACUUGAUGGCUUUCAGGUACAGGGACCUGCAACUAAUAACCAAGAACUUUUCUGAUAAGCUAGGAGGAGGUUCUUUCGGCUCUGUGUUCAAAGGAGUCCUUCAGGAUGGCACUGCUGUGGCAAUCAAGAGGCUCGAAGGUGUUCGUCAAGGCGAGAAGCAGUUCCGGGCAGAGAUGAGCACAAUUGCAAAAAUUUAUCAUGUAAACCUGAUUCAGUUGCUUGGGUUUUGCUCGGAGGGAGAGCAUCGGCUGCUCGUCUACGAGUACAUGCCACAUGGUUCACUGGAUGGGUGCCUGUUCAAGACUGGCUCUGAUGAUGUACUGCUUUGGAACACAAGAUACCAAAUAGCCAUUGGCAUUGCCAAAGGGUUAGCUUACCUGCACGACAAAUGCAGGGAUUGCAUCAUCCAUUGCGAUAUCAAGCCAGAGAAUAUAUUGUUGGACACAUCCUUUGUUCCUAAAGUGUCAGAUUUCGGACUGGCAAAGCUGCUAGGUCGGGAUUUCAGCAGGGUCAUGACAACGAUGCGAGGAACCAUCGGGUAUCUGGCACCUGAAUGGAUAAGCGGCACGGCCAUCACCAUGAAAGCUGAUGUGUUCAGCUACGGGAUGAUGCUCUUUGAGAUCAUCUCACACAAAAGAAACAUAGAGCAUGGUGGGGACCGAUGCACGGACAAGUUCUUCCCAAUAUUAGUUGCAGAGAAAAUUCAUGAAGGAAAUGUGCAGGCGUUGUUGGAUGCUGACCUGAGAAGAGACGUCAACUUGGAGGAGCUCGAGAGGGCUUGCAUGGUUGCCGGUUGGUGUGUCCAGGAAGACGAGUCCUCUAGGCCGACCAUGGGAGCAGUUGUACAGAUGUUGGAAGGCCUCCUGAAGGUUACUAUGCCACCAAUUCCACGAUAUCUUAAGGUUCUUGCUGAAUCUUCGGACCAAGCAUCUACUGUCUUGAACAAGCUGGCUGCUGUGUAGUUACAAGCUUGGACUGCGUAUACUUAUGUUCAUCAGAAGACAUCCUCAUAUGUGCUGAGUUUUUCUUUAUGUAUACACCAGUAAAAAGUUUUCUCAUAAAGUAUAGUGGAUCAUUAUUUGUGCUUUAUUGAUUCAGAUAUAAAUCAGCUCAAAAGAAAGCAAGAAAAAUGUGUUCGUUUUACCGCAAGCAUAUACGUAAAGAAACACUAGUUCCAAAUUUUCAGGUUGCCUAUUUGAGAAUGCAGUGAAACUGAAACUGUAAUACGGAGCACC